AUGGCCUAUGUGCAGAUAGCAAUGUGGAGAGGGGUGAAAACAUGUGGGGGGGUCCUGAUUCGGGACGAUGUGGUGCUGACGGCAGCUCAUUGCAACGACAAGCAGGGCUACAUCACUGUCAAGCUGGGAGUCCAUAACCUUAGACUGUGGGAAUGGCGCCAACAAGAAAUUCCUGUGCAUCGCCGGAUCCCCCACCCGCAAUAUGACAUGUACUCCUUUAACAAUGAUGUCAUGCUGCUGCAGCUGGCGCACCGAGCCAGGCUCAAUGAAUGGGUGGGGCUAAUUUCCAUGUAUAGAUCCAGUUCGCGCGUGAACCCCAUGGACAUGUGCAGUGUCGCCGGCUGGGACCGGAUGUGCGCCCGCAGUGCAAAGGGCUCAGAUGUGCUCCAGGAGGUGGACGUGGAGGUGCUGGAGGAUUAUGUGUGUCUGAGGAAUCCUGACCAGAUCUAUCGUUACUAUAACGCCUCCACUAUGCUUUGUGCAGGGGAUCCGAAACAGGGCAAAAGUUCCUUUAAGGUAAUGCCCUGA